GGAGUUGCAGAAACUCGAUACAAUUUUUUUGGGGAACAAUCUGCAGUUCCAUUGCAAUUUGCAUGCUCCCCUGCCUGCCCAGUGGCCAGUGCUCAGUGCCCAAAUCUCAAAUCUCCCAACCAAAACCAAACCAAAUGUAGCCAAAGCCACCAACUCCAAUGGAUUUGUCAACCCUCCAACUCCAAAUCCAAUCAAAGAGACCACCGCCUCCCAGUGGCAGCUCCUCCUCCCGCAACAUCAACCGCCUUCCCUCCAAAUGUCUCAUCCCCUCCCUCUCUCUCCUCACCCUCCCCUUCCUCUUCUACCUCCUCUCCACCGCCCACAAGCUCCACCUCUCCCCAAAAUUCGCCCACUCCGAAUCCACCCUCUUUGGCGUCGUCGUCUCCGCCCGCCCCGCCUCCGUCCGCCUCCGCAUCUUCCACUUUCUCGACGGCACCGCGCCCUCCAGCUCCACCUCCUCCCCCCAUGGCCUCUCCGCCUUCGCCGCCAACCCCGAUCACGCCGGCGGGUCCCUCGUCCCUCUCCUCCGCUUCGCCAAGCUGCAGGUGCCCAAGAAGGAGCGAGGCAACACCAAGCUCCUCUUCUUUGCCGGCGCCGAGCUGGAUGCGUUGGGGCCUGACGUCGCAGAGAAGCUUCUGGAAUCGUGUAGGAAGGUGCUGAGGUCGUCGGGGUUUUGGUUCAAGGACGAGUGGGCCCGGGUCAUUCCAGGUGAGGAACAAGGUGUUUAUGCUUGGGUGAGUGCCAACUAUGCUCUUGGAACAUUGCAGAGUGAGCCUCAGGAAACUACUGGGAUUGUUGAACUUGGUGGGACUUCUUUGCAGGUCACUUAUGCUGCAAAAGAAUCACGAGAAGUGAAUUCUUCUCCGUCCCGAAUUAUCAAAUUGUUUGGAGUUACUUACCACCUUUACAGUCAAGGCUUGCCGCUAUUUGGCCAGGAUGCAGCUUGGGAAUCACUGUAUGAGCUGCAGAAGUCCAGAGAAUUGACACCUUUUUCGAAUUAUAAGGAGAGAAGUCUUGGUAACCCUUGUAUUCCUAGAGGAUAUAAGCUGACAGUGAAUGCAAGUGAUACACAACUUCUGGUGUCCUCAAUGGGUGGAAACUUUUCUGCGUGCAAAUCUGAAGCUUUGGCAUUAUUAAAGAGACGGCAAGACAAAUGCAUGCACGCACCUUGCAAAAUUGUCUCAUCCUUUCCUUUUGAGUUACGAGGCAAACCAGUUUCUACCAACAACUUCUUAUUUACUUCUGAGCUUUUUGGGCUGGUUCCCACGGCUUCUUUGUUUGAGUUGGAGGCAGCAGGUCAACGUUACUGUGAAGAUGAUUGGGAUAAACAGAAAAAUCAACAUCACAGCAUCGUUGACUCAGAUUUAUUGAAAUAUUGUUUCUCAUCUGCAUAUAUGGUGGCACUGUUGCAUGACAGUCUAGGAAUCCCCAUGGAUGGGAAAAGGGUUGGAUUUGCAAACAAGACUGGAAACAUUCUCCUUGAUUGGACACUUGGUGCUUUCCUUGUUGAAACAAUGCUGGAGCCCCUUGAAUGGGAACUUGACAAUAUGGGCCAGAUUGUUGGAAAUGAGUCAGUCACUUACUUCUCUUUCUUUGCGUUUCUUUUAAUUUCUCUAUUCGCUGUAUUCUUUGUAUUGCAAUCACGGAAACCACAAUUAAAGACUAUAUACGAUUUAGAGAAGGGACGGUAUAUCAUCACCCGUGUACCUAGGUAAUUAUACAUCUUUAUUUUGUUUUAUUUCUUUUUUAUUUUGUUUUUUAGAAGUUCAUUCAAUGGGAAUCUGAAAUCUGUAUUUUUUGGAGCAAUUGUUGUCAACAAUUAAUGAGAGCACCUUACCAACUC